GGUGAUGAGUGUGUUGUCUUUUGUGUAAAGGAGUGGAGCUUCGAUCUCACAUCACUCUUCCCUCUUCCCCGAGUCCUUUCUAAACUCUCCCCCUGGGUGUCUACCCUCCCGAACCUCUCCCCUUCUACCCUUACAACCCCAACCCUCCCCCCGGAUCUCUUACCAGCACACGACCCCAGAUCCAUCUUGGUGACCAAAGACCCCAGUUCUGUUUAAACAGCUCAGUUGCAGUUAUGGACUCCGGUGUGAUUGAAGGAGGGCUCAAUGUCACCCUUACCAUUAGGCUGCUCAUGCAUGGCAAGGAAGUUGGAAGUAUUAUUGGCAAGAAAGGUGAAUCUGUGAAAAAGAUGAGAGAAGAGAGCGGGGCUCGCAUCAACAUCUCUGAGGGCAAUUGUCCUGAGAGGAUCAUUACUUUGGCAGGUCCAACCACCGCCAUCUUUAAGGCGUUCUCCAUGAUCAUUGAAAAGCUGGAAGAGGACAUAAGCAGCUCAAUGACAAACAGCACAGCUACCAGCAAGCCCCCAGUGACCCUACGCAUUGUAGUGCCUGCCAGCCAGUGUGGCUCCCUCAUCGGGAAAGGUGGCUGCAAGAUUAAGGAAAUUCGAGAGUCAACUGGUGCUCAGGUACAAGUGGCAGGAGACAUGCUCCCCAACUCCACAGAGCGAGCCAUCACCAUCGCUGGUACUCCCCAGUCGAUAAUUGAGUGUGUGAAGCAGAUCUGCGUGGUCAUGCUCGAGUCUCCCCCUAAGGGGGUCACUAUCCCUUACCGGCCCAAGCCCUCAGGAUCCCCCGUCAUCUUUGCAGGCGGACAGGCAUAUGCCGUACAAGGACAGCACGCGAUUCCACAACCAGAUUCUUCCUCUGCUGCUAUCUCUCCACAGCUCACCAAGCUUCACCAGCUGGCUAUGCAGCAGAGCCCCUUCCCCAUCGCACCCAGCAACCAGGGAUUCACCGGAAUAGAUGCUUCUGCUCAAACCAGUUCCCAUGAAAUGACCAUUCCAAAUGAUCUCAUUGGUUGCAUCAUUGGCCGCCAGGGAGCCAAGAUCAACGAGAUCAGGCAAAUGUCAGGCGCCCAGAUCAAGAUUGCAAAUCCAGUGGAUGGAUCUACUGACCGCCAGGUCACCAUCACAGGGUCGCCUGCCAGCAUCAGUCUGGCAGAGUACCUCAUCAACGCCAGUGUAGAGUCCUCUAAACCUCCUCCCUCCUCCUCCUCCUUGAACCCUGAACAGACCAGCCUGUGCCCUCCCUCCACCUCUACUACUACUACUACUACUACCACAAAUACUGCUACUACUACUACCACCACCUCCUCUGCCGCUACCUCCUCCUUCUCCUCUUCCUCAUCCUCCUCUUCCUCCUCCUCCUGUGUGGUGCCCCCCUCAGCCUCCAUCCCUCUGUCCUUGUUGGCUCCAGGGCCGUCUCCUCCCUCCUCCUCUUCCUCCUCCUCCUCCUCUUGCUCCACCACUGACUCCCUGCUCCCCAGCUCUCCUGCCUGUGUGUCGAGUCUCCUCAGUCUCAAGCCCCUCCCUCUCCUGGCCCUCCAUGUUGUCAGCGGGGCCAGUAAUCCCGCCCACCCAAUGCCCACUGAGCCCAAAAUCGCCCCUGAGUUGAGCUCCAAGUCUAAAAGGCGGAGGCUCUCCCCUUACUAACCAAGGAAACAUAAGUCAUCUCCUUCUAAAGUGCAGACAAUUUUGUUGUCUGUACCUGCACUCGCUUUUGUAUUUGGCUGAGCCAUGCCACGCUUAACUUAUUACACAAAACAAACGCACACAAACAAGUGUUACUCAGCCAGACACAUGGUUGCUGCCAUAUUUAUAAAGUAGAUCUGUAGCUUGAUUUGGCCUGUCUCUUUAAGAAAUAACCUGUCGAGUGCAUUAUAUUUUUAAUGACUUUGAACUUAGCAUGGACACUGAAGCAUUUCUCUUUGUGUGUAAGCUCUGCUCAGGUAGCGGCUCUCUUUAAGAUGUCACAUUGUAUUUAUGGGGAUAGUUCUCUUGUAGUAAAUUUUAAGUGACUAUUGUUAGUGCUCAUACUGUAAACUAUAUGUCUAAUUGUUAUUUUAUUUAUCUGCAUUUUGCCUGUGUAAGAAGCAAUCAAAUGUCACUAAAAAGUAAAUCUGUCCUCAGGUAUCAAAGGCCACCAAACCACCCUUUAUUAAGAAUUGUGUUGAUAGAAGGAAUUAAAAUAAACAGUUGAUUAUCCAGGAUAAGAAAUAUUCUGACAAUUUGGAAGGCAUUUUCACUUUCUCUUUGCAAGUUGAAUGAAGAAAUUGCAGUUUAGCACAAUCUGGAUGUGCAGUAAAUAUUUAGCAAGACCCUUCAGGUGGUUUGUUUGUUGUUGGAAACGCUCUUUUAAUGUUAGUUACAUUUCCUCGCCGUUCUUCCUCUACGUUGUUAGGUAAUGACACUGCAGGAGCAGAAUUAUUCUACAGAGCAGUCAAUCAUGACGUCACAACGGCUCAUUUUUCAGAUUAAAUAAAUUGAAACUUAACUUCUCCAAAAAAAGAGAACACUUGGACAUGAAUCAACACGAUAAGAACUAUAUUUGGUUGUUCCAUCCGUAAAAAAGGAGUAGUCGGGGCCUAUACUGCAGCCAGUCAGCAGGGAGAGGACUAAAUCUUUUGGCCUCACUUCUCUCCCGCUCUUGUGCUGUCCAUUCAUUAUACUAUCUAUGGGCUCUAUUCUUUGUGCUAAGCUAACAAGGUGCAAUGAGCAAUCACCUGUUAAAUCUUUGUUAAAGAAGUGUUUCCCAAAAUGUCAAAUUAAUCAUUUUUUAAAAUAUUAGAGCAAGCAUUUAGUGUUGAAUGAAUCCAGAUUGUCUCUUUUAUCUAGCAUUUUAUUAUGACAAUGUAAUGUGCAUUAAAUGACAUUUAUCCUGUCUGUCUGAUUGCAUGCCUCAUUCUCUUUCUCCCUGGUCUACGGGUGUCUGUCUCUGUCU